GGAGGCGGGGCCGGCGCCGGAGCGGGUGUGUCUGGAGUGGGGGCGGGCCGGUCCCUGUGAAGGUGGCAAUUUCCCGGGCCCGCCGCGCCCGUGAACAGGUGGAGGGGCCGGGCCGGCCCGGGCUUCGGCCUCAAGCGUCGGGAAAUGGCUGCGGGGGGCAGGCUGGAAGAUGGUUCCUUGGAUCCAUCCCAGAGUGUUGAAGAUGACCCCCUUCUGGACAGCCAGCAUCUUUCACAGUAUUCCUUACAGGCUCAUUUUAGACCCAGAUUCCAUCCUCUUCCUACGGUCAUUGUAGCAAAUCUUCUUCUGUUAAUACAUGUUGUGUUUGUUAUUUUAGCAUUUUUAACAGGUGUGCUUUGUUCUUACCCUAAUCCAAAUGAGGACAAGUGCCCAGGAAACUACACUAACCCACUGAAAGUUCAGACAGUCAUAAUCCUUGGAAAAGUUAUUUUGUGGAUUCUGCAUUUCCUUCUUGAGCGCUACCUUCAGUAUCACCACAGCAAAGUGAGAAACCGAGGCUAUCACAUGAUCUACCGAUCAACAAGGCACCUUAAAAGACUUGCAUUAAUGAUACACUCCACUGGCAGCACUGCUCUCCUCCUCACACUGUGCAUACAGCAUUCCUUCCCAGAGCCCAGCAGGUUGUAUCUUGACCUCAUUCUGGCCAUCCUGGCCCUGGAACUGAUCGGUUCCCUGACAUGUCUGCUCAUCUACACAGUGAAGGUUCGAAAAUUUAAUAAAGUCAAACCACAGCCUGAUAUACUUGAAGAAGAAAAAGUCCAUGCAUAUCCUAGCAAUAUUACUUCAGAGACUGGAUUCAGGACUAUUUCAAGUUUAGAAGAAAUUAUUGAAAAGCAAGGAGACAUAAUAGUAUACCUGAAGAGACACAAUGCACUGUUGAGUAAGCGGUUGUUGGCUUUUACUUCCUCGGACCUAGGCUCUCAUUCAGGUCGAAUGUGAGAGUUCAAGGUGAAGAUAGCAAUUGCAGAAGGAUCCAGGCUAAUACAAGACCGACCACCUGACAAACUGCCAUAGAAAAUUGCAGCUUUUGCAGAUUGACAUUUUACCACUCUUGUAGCGUACCUGAAUUUAGUUCUUACCUGUGUGGCUGUAUAAUAUGUAGAGCUUCUGGAUAUUGUGAUGGUGAUUUGUCAAGCCUUGAUAUCUCAGAAUGUCUGUCUUUCACAUUUU